AUCCGAAUUGUUCCUAGAUGCUUUUUCCUAGAACCACAUUGUAUUCUUCUUUUCCCAUGUAGUACAAAUCUUUAGAAUGCAACAAACGUCGUCCAAAAGGAAUUGAUUGACAUUACUCUUUGAUGUUGCUGUAGGUAUUCUUCUUUUAACGGUUGAUUCGUUCACACGAUUAUUUACCAUACCUCUACUCUAUUUAUUUUUCGUGCUAUUGUUCUUUUACGCCUCUUACAAAUACUCUUGUGAAUAUAACCAAAAGCGCUAGUACCUUUUCUCUAAAAAAAAGAAAGCUAAUUCCAUUCAGUACAUAACUCAUGAAAUUGUUCAAUUCUUACGAGCCAGCCAUAGGUUUUAAGCGAUAACCAGUCUUUCCUAUGAGGAAAGGAAACGCUUACCAGAAAUAGGGACCUUUGCUUUCGCGUGAUAGAAACUUAAUGCGUGAUCUUAAAUUGGAUGGGGCGGUCUGUUACUCACCACGGGUUUUGGUAAUAUCCUACCGAAAUCAUAAAUGAAGUCGAAUGCGGCGGUGCUCCACUAAAGAAGUUGAAACGAAAGUUUGUAGGAUUGAAUAUGCGAAGGAUUCAGCCUGAUAAGCUCUCUUUUGUGAGUAAAGAGUUGGCAAAACAUUAACCAGCACAUUUUUUGCCGUCGUUCCUUCAAUCUUGUCCGGCCGUUCAAUUGUUUGGUCCUUCCUGAUCGCAAAGUUUGCUACUCUUAUUACGAAUAUUUACCGCAAACAUCGCGGAAGAUGGUGCAAUUCAAUUGACUUUGUUCAUAACGAGGUAACAUGUCGAAGUGAUUGACUUAGGUUGACCAUAUUCUGUUACCUAACGCCCAAGAAGCUUCUGAAAUAACGUCGUUAUUGGGAUCACCCAAUUCUGGGGAGGAUGGAUUGCUAGUUGUUACCUGUCAUCUGAGGGUACAAUGAAUGUAUAUACACGCUAGUUCGGCUCGAAUUCAUUUGAUCCAUCAUCCACAUUCAGUAUUUUCAAACUACAAUUUAUCCAAAGCUAUAUCAGUUUGUUUUUGUGCAAACAUUCAUUCUUUUUAUCAGUUGGUUUUAUUUAAUCUCGUUAUUAUAUUGAUCUGUGAAGAACCUACACGUUUGAAGAAGUAAAAAAAAGUUAUUACGGUGUGCAUAUUUAUUCCCUGAAUUGAGCAGUUUUCCAUUGAAGAUAAGGUAUUUUUGUUUAUAAAAUCUUUUAAGCUUUGGAAGCUUUAAGAAUCACUUGUCUUUUUCCUGUUUUGGUUUGUUACAGACGACGAAACAGAUUCUCGGAGCUUAAGCUUCAUUGUAUUUGUGAAUGGAUUAACUACAGAAAAACUAAAAAACUUAGUUUGUUUUUCACUUAAUUUCCUUUUCGUUUUUAAGGUUUCUGCCGUCUAUCUUCCUUAAAAUACUAUCGCCUCCGAAUUGUUGAAUAGAGCAAUUUCAAAAGAGUGGGAUACACAUCUAAUAUAUCGUUUUACUGUAUGCAAAAUAUGAAUGAUGAUCUAGUAAAACUCGAUGAUGCUGGCCGUCAUCGAGUAAAUACGAUAUGCUCAACAUUUUCAGAUUCGUCUAUACAAGAACGAAAAGUCGCUUUAAGUCAUUUAUUAAAUCACUGCUGUCCUUCUCUAUUAUCCUUUGCUUCUAGUACUUUAGAUACCCUUGUUCGCCUCGAUUUCAUAUCCCUUCUUCCUCCCGAAAUCUCUUUCCGUAUUUUGACCUUUUUAGAUGCUCGUAGCUUAUGCCAUGCAGCUCAGGUAUGUAAGCAAUGGAAGGAACUUGCCGAUGAUGACAUUAUAUGGCAUCGAAUGUGUGAACAGCAUAUCAAUCGAAAGUGUGAAAAAUGUGGUUGGGGUUUACCUUUGUUAGAACGAAAGUUACUUUAUGCAACGAAGGCAUCCAUACAAAAACGUUAUGAUAGUCUUACGAAACGCUCACGCUCAGAUAACGAUUCUUUUACCAGUGCUAGAAAGCGCUUGCGCACCGAACCUGCUCCUAUUAUUGAUUCAUCUGCAGCCCUGGAAAAACAUAAUGCUUUACCCGAGUGCACAGAAAAAGCGUUUUCACCUCCUUUAAGAACACGACCUUGGAAGGAAGUAUACGCUGAACGGUGUCGGAUUGAAUGCAACUGGCGCCAUGGUCGAUGUCGUCAAGUUGUAAUUAAUGCACAUAAUGAUGGAGUUAUGUGUCUUCAGCUUCAGAGAAAUGUUUUGGCCAGUGGAAGUUAUGACGCCACUGUUUGUCUUUGGGACCUUUCAACAUUUCGUCAAAUUGGUUUACUAAAAGGACAUAGCGGGGGCGUUUCCUGUUUACAAUUUGAUAAAUGUAAACUUAUUAGUGGAUCUAUGGAUAAAACUAUAAAAAUUUGGAACUACCGUACUGGCGAAUGCAUUUCUACUUUACACGGUCACACUGAUACCGUUCUAUCCUUAUCUUUUGAUUCCACCCUGUUAGUUUCCGGUAGUGCCGACCACACCGUUAAACUUUGGCAUUUUUCUGGAGGAAAACGUAUUACUUUAAGAGGCCAUACGGGGCCAGUGAAUUCGGUGCGAAUUCAUCGCGACUUAGGCCUUGUUCUUUCAGCUUCUGAUGAUUGCUCUAUAAAGGUGUGGUCCUUAGAAACAAACAUGUGUUUAUAUACUUUUAAUGCUCAUAUUGGUCCUGUACAAAGCUUAUCUGUCAUUGGUAACCGAUUGUUCUCAUGUGCAUUAGAUGGUACAAUUAAACAGUGGGAUAUAGAAAAGUGGAAAUGCGUUCAUACGUUGUUUGGACACAUAGAGGGUGUUUGGGAGAUUGCGGCAGAUCAGUUACGUCUUGUCUCAGGUGCACAUGAUGGUGCGGUCAAAGUUUGGGAAGCUUGUCAGUGUGUUCAAACAUUAAAAAGUGAUUCUGGACCGGUAACUUCUGUAGCUCUGGGGGAUUGCGAAGUGAUUAGCGGUUCGGAAGAUGGAAAAAUCCACCUUUGGUUAUUCAAUAAUCUGAGCGACGAAGGUAAGGAUUCGAAAUUGUCUCCUUUUGUCGUUAACAAGGCGGCUGAUUCUAUUGUCCGCACUCCCACAGCGAUAAUCCAGACUGUGCCUGAUGAGUAUAAUGGUUAUUCUAUAUCUGAAGUACCCGCUAAUGGUGUUGGUCUGUAACAAAAAGUUAGGUUUUUGAAAAAAGUUAAAAAAUUUGCUUAAAAACAACCCACCAUGUUACUGUAAAGGCUGGCUCUCUUUUGUUGGAUGUUUAUGCGAGCUUCUGCGAUUUGCAGGCGUGUCGUUUGGUUACCGAUUAAUUACGUUCCUAAUCUAUUUUAUAUAUCUUCGUUCAUUUGUGGCUCUAAGAAUAGUUAUUAUACUAACUUUAAGCCUUUAAUUGUUGUCUAUGUUAAUGUUGCUUGGCUCUUCGACAAUUUACUAUUUAUUUGGAAGAGUUCAAUAUGCUGUUUAUCAAUUAUAAUUACGUUUGCUUUGUUUUGUUUUUCUCUUUGCGAAGGCUAGGAGAAUCGUUGUAUUUUAUUUGCAUUUCUUAAUAUUUUAUAGAAAUCUAUUUAGCUUUAAAAAAUAUGCGAUGAUUGUAAGUAACUGGGA